CCAGCGCCCGCCCUCCAAUCCAUGGCCGCUCUCGAAUACACAGAAGCAGUGCUUAAAGGCCAGCACCUCCUCCACCUCCUCACCUCACCCCAACCCCCAACCCAAAGCCCAUUCACAACCUACCCAGACCUAGAAAAUCACGGAUACGUCGACCAGCUCGCAUCCUCCACCCCACGCCCCACCAUCGCCCCUCUUCAGAAAUGUCUGCGCAGCCUCGGUGUAGACGACAAGCUAGCCCACGAAGACGGGAAGAACGUCUCAAUGCAACAUGUGCAUGCCGAGGACUGCGUGGUAGAUGAGACCCAGUAUCCCGCAACGGAAGCACACUUCCACCAGCUCGUGAGCAGCGAACAGGGGGUCCUCAUCGCGUAUUCGAACCACGCGCCCGCGUACACGGGCGUCCUGCACGAUCCACCUGUGACGACUUACCCACCGCUACAUCACUGGUCCGAUAUCGCUUUUCUGCAGCUCCUAAAGCCAGCUGUCUACGUCCCACCGAAUCUCCACUACAUCAUUCGUUAUGCGAUCCAGAACAUGGCCACUAUAUCGGUCCUCAAGCACGUCCUGGCCAAGCAGGGCAUAGAAAAGCUGGACAUCUGGCCUGGGAUCACGUUGGGGAUGGAGAGUGAGGAGGGACAAGCGAUCUUGGGAACGCCGAAUGGCGGUGGGACGGCGUGGUUGCUAGCUCAGCAUAGGAGGCAGCUGGGGCGGAAGACGGUGGAUAAGGUGAGUGUGUUUUACGCGGAGAAUGGGAAGGAUGUUUGGAGGUGGCCGAGUUUGGUGUUUUGGCUUAAGGACCUGGACGAGGAAAAU